AGGCAUGUCGGGCGCGGACCUCGCGAAUCUGCUGAACGAGGGCGCCAUUGUGGCGGCCCGGCAGAACAAGGCGGAGAUCGAUGCGGACGACAUCGCCAACGCGCUGGAGAGAAUUGCCAUUGGACUGGAGAAAAAGGACGCCGUGAUGAGCGAAAAGAAGAAGAAGUUGGUGGCCUACCACGAGGCAGGUCAUGCCAUCCUGGGUGCCUUGAUGAACGACUACGACGUGGUGGCCAAGAUCAGCAUCGUCCCCCGCGGCCCCGCGGGCGGCGUGACGAUCUUCAUGCCCUCCGAGGAACGGCUCAACUCGGGGCUCUACUCCAAGGAAUUCUUGGAGAAUCGCAUGUGUGUGGCCCUUGGCGGCCGCAUUGCGGAAGAGAUCAUCAACGGCCGCGACAACGUCACCACGGGCGCUUCUAACGACUUCCAGCAGUGCACUCAGGUGGCCAAGCAGAUGGUGAUGACUUUGGGCAUGUCCCCAGAGGUGGGUCAACGCCUGCUGGGAGGACAGCAGCAGGGGGGACCCUUCAUGGGCCGUGACUUUAUGGGACAGGGCGCGCCACCCAUUUCGCAGCAGCUGAAGCAGUUGGUGGAUGUUGAGGAUAACUCCCCCACACCGCAAGAUGAGCAGAUCCAGUACUCCGUGGCGGCAUUAGAGAGGGUGAAGCGCAUCGUGGAUGAGCAGUACCAGCGCGGCACGCAGUUGUUGAGGGAUAACAUGUUCCUCUUGGACGAGCUGGCGAAGAUGCUGAUGGACCAGGAGAAGGUCAGUGGUGAAGAGCUCAUGAAGUUGAUCAACAAGGCAGCAGCUGAGGGAAAGCUGGUCAUGGGCAACUCGCGCAUGGCGGUGGCCGCCUACACCGGACAGGUGGUCGCCAAGAAGACCAAGUGCGUCCACCCGGACAAACCCAUGAUGUUCGCCUGCGCGGACUGCCCCCGCCGCGGCUUCUGCGGGUCCACGGCAAAACCACCCAGCGAUCGCCUAAGCCGCGACGCGAAGCGGUCGGCCAUUGCCAGGUACGGUUUGGCCUCUGAUGUGGAACCUGAGUCCACUGGGGAGCAGGUGAUGCAGAAGGUGGAGGAGAUGGCAAAGGACAUGUCUGUCCCAAGUUCCGUCGUGAAGUCGGUGGCUGCGUCCACCCUGGUGGCCCUCUGCGCCUCCGCCGCGCCGCUGCCCGCGGCGGCCGACGAUUUGCCGCCGCCGCAGAUGCAGCCCUUUGGGGCGCCACAGAUGCAGCAGCCGGGAGCACCGGCCCGCAUCAGCGGACGCGUCACCUACUCCCGACUGUUGGAAUUCGUGGAUGAAGGGUCUGUGAAGCGCGUGGACUUCUAUGAUCUCGGCAAGACGGCCGUGGCCUUGGUGAACGUGGCCGGACGGGAACAGCAACUGGUCUGCGACCUUCCAGGAGCCACCACCGGACUGAUCGAGAAGUUGACGGCCAAGAACAUCUCCAUUGAGGUACACCAACCCGACAAGCCGAACCCCUUUCUGGGCGUCCUGGGUGACAUCGCCUUCCCUUUGCUCGUCAUCGGGGGCUUGCUGUUCCUUCGCUCCCGUGGCGGUGGCGGCGGCGGAAUCCCGGGCUUCGGCAAUCAGGGCAAGGCCAAGAUCAUGAUUCAGCCAGAGACAGGCGUGAAGUUCGAGAACGUGGCGGGCAUCGACGAGGCGAAGGAAGAGCUCAUGGAGAUCGUCGAUUUCUUGAAGGCCCCGGAACGCUUCGUCAAGGUGGGCGCCAAGAUUCCUCGGGGCGUUCUGUUGACCGGACCUCCAGGUACGGGAAAGACCUUGAUGGCCAAGGCCUUGGCGGGCGAGUCCGGUGUGCCGUUUAUCCAGUCUUCUGCCUCGGAGUUCAUCGAGCUGUUUGUGGGUGUUGGUGCCUCCAGGGUCCGUGAUAUCUUCAAGCAGGCCAAGGAGAAAGCUCCCUGCAUCGUCUUCAUCGAUGAGAUUGACGCCAUCGGCCGGCAGCGAGGCGCCGGCAUGGGCGGCGGCAACGAUGAGCGCGAGCAGACCUUGAAUCAGAUCUUGACCGAGAUGGACGGUUUCGAAGGCAAUAGCGGGGUGAUCGUGGUGGCCGCCACCAAUCGUUCCGACAUCUUGGACAGUGCCCUGCUGCGCCCGGGGCGUUUCGAUCGCCGCGUCGCAGUUUCGCUGCCGGAUGUCAAGGGACGGGAACAGAUCCUGCAGGUGCACGUGAAGAACAAGAAGCUGGCGGAGGGCAUUACCCUGACGGACAUCGCCAAGCGCACCGCCGGCUUCAGCGGCGCCGAUCUGGAGAAUUUGAUGAACGAAAGCGCCAUUUUGACGGCGCGCAGGAACAAGAAGGCCAUCACCAUGGACGAGAUCAACGAUGCGACGGACCGAGUGAUUGCCGGCCUGGAGGGAAGGGCCUUGCAGGACAACGCCUCGAAGAAGUUGAUCGCCUACCACGAGGCCGGACAUGCGAUCGUGGGUACCUUGCUGCCAUACCAUGACCCAGUGAACAAGGUCACCUUGGUCCCCCGUGGCCAAGCGAAAGGCUUGACGUGGUUUACCCCUGGAGAGGAUCAGAGUCUCAUCUCUGCCGCCAUGCUGAAGGCGCGCAUCGCCGGGGCCCUGGGCGGCCGGGCAGCGGAGCAGCUGGUCUUCGGUUCAGGGCAGGUGACCACUGGGGCGGGUGGCGAUCUGCAACAGGUAGAGCGAAUGGCACGUUCCAUGGUGACGCAGUUUGGCAUGUCCGAGGUGGGCUCCAUCGCCAUCGACGAUGGAGGCUUUAUGGGGCCCAAUUAUUCCGAGGACCUGAGCAAGAAGAUCGACGAGGCGAUUAAGAGCAUCUCGGAUGAGUGCUAUCUGAACGCCCUUACGAUCCUGAUGAAGAAUCGCGCCUGCCUGGACCGCGUGGCAGAUGAGCUCUGCGAGUUUGAAACCAUCACGGGUGAUCGAUUAAAGGAGCUCGUGGCGGAGUAUACAGAGAUCCCCGAGAAGAUGGCCGCGGUUUGAACACAGUGAUCGGCAUAGUUUUCGCCGGGUCGGGUCGAAAAAUGAUAAAAAUGACCUGAAGGCCCCAUGGGCUGUUGAAGGUCCGACACCCAACCCCUUGGAUUAUCUUGGAUUUAUGGAACAGCUUGGGAUCACAUUUGAAAUCUGCUGGUGUAAAACCCUGAACUUUUGGUCUAACUG